AUGUCAUCCAUUUUUAUGGAUUAUGAUUAUGACUUUGAUGAUUAUGCUCGUUCCUUUAACAAUAACACCACUAUUUUACCAGUGCACUUGCAUUGGAACUCGCUACUUCGCCUCAUCCUGACGAUUUUGUUACGCGUUGGCUUCGUCCUCGUGCAAGUUGGCAGCGUACCGGUCAACAAUAUCAAUCUAAUACUCCUUCAAAAUGUGGUCGAUCUAUGUUGCGUCACCGUCAUGUAUUUCCUCACGGGCUUCCUCAUCGCCUAUAACGGCGACGUGGCUGGUUUGAUCGGUGAAGGUUCCUGGAUCGGUGAUCCAACGAUCGACAGGAAUGAAGCGAUCAUCGGCUGGCAAGCGGUGGUGAUCGCAUCGGCGAUUUACACCAGUGCUAUCGUGGGUAGACUGCACACAGCGGGAUAUCUGCUGGUAAAUAUUCUCUUAUCUGGUCUGAUACAACCGUUGCUGAUUCACUGGGCAUGGACCGCCGAAGGAUGGAUGGCGAAUAACAAAUUGGGUGGAAGAAUAGUCGGUUUCAAGGACUACGCUGGCGCAGGGGUGGUGCACAUCGUCGGAGGAUUUUCCGGCUUGAUUGGAUGUGUCGUUCUUGGCAGGAGAAUGCUUAUAUUGAGAGAGUUGGAUGAUGCGAGUAUUACCACAGGGUCCGCUGGAACCGUUUUCGGGGGUCUCCUAUUAAUAUUCGCUGGACUUCAAGGCUUAUGCAUGAACACGUAUGACCGUGACAAAUUCCGAAUAUAUAUGCGAGAUCCAUCGUACGCAUACAUCAACAAUUUGCUAGCGGCAUCCUCGUGCACGCUGUUCGUCGUGGGCCUGCAUUUUAUAUUCAGCCGAAAAACCUUCAAUUAUUGGACCGUGAUGAGAUGCGUUCAAGGCACAAUUGUCGGUGUAGUGAUAGUAUCAGCUGCGACGACCGAAUAUUCGCCGCAAAUAGCUAUUGCCUUGGGUUGUCUAGGAGGCAUGGCAUUCUACUUGAUCUCCAGACAGGUUUUUAACAGCGCUUUGGAGGAUUACUGCAAUAUCAUAGCUAUACACCUAGUUUGCGCAAUUCUCGGUAGUAUAUUGGCUCCUCUCUGUGCUGCGCGCACCGACGAGGAUAUCGUCACGAUAUUGUGGAAUUUCUCCUGGCAAUUAAUUUGUCUGGUCGCAUUGUUGGCUCUGGUUGGUACGACGAUGUCGCUAAUCUUUGGCAUGCUGGAAUGCUGCAGUAUACUUCGCAAUAGGUCGGAAAUUCUGAACCACACACGGGCUAAUGCUGCCAUCAAUAGAGGUCCGGCGAGAUCGUUUUUGCAGAGACUCUUCUUUCCUGAUAGCGGAUGCCUCUAUCUGCAACCGAGUUUGAUGUUCGGUACGAAAGAUCGUCCAAAUGUUGGUUCCAGAUCUUGGAAGUAUCAAACAGAGAUAGACAAACUUGAAGAAAGGAGACCUACCGGGAGUAAAUCGAAUGUGAAUAAAAUUGACGAUAAUGUUAUGAAAGUUCAAGUACCAGAACCAAGAGUAAAGAAAGCAAGACAAGUGCAUACUUUGCCUGGGUGUACACCUGUGUUGAUAGAAAAUCAAGGUGGCACUGGUGAAUCGAUUAACAAUGAUCUUUCGGAAAUUGGAAGAAGACAAUUUCUUGGAAAAGAAAUAAAAUAUAUUCUAGAUCCUAUCGAAGAAAUAGAUGAGGAGAUUUCGAAAGAAUUUGAAAUCAAAGAGAGUAACGCUCAACAUAAAAUUGAGGAACACAAUGUUAGUGAUAAAAGUUCAAUCUUGACAAAAAAUUUUAAUACGAAAACUACAGAGCCGAGAGAUUUGAAUGAAUCGAAUUAUCAGCUUCGGAGAACUGUAAAAUUAAUGAAUCUGUAUCACGAAUUUGUCAAGGAAGAUGUGAAAGUCGUAUUGGGACCGAAACGUAUGGAUUCUUCAUCCAGUGAUUCGUGUGAUGAGGAUACUAUAUUUGAAAAGACAUCAGAUUUGAACGAAGGAUAUUGCAACAAUGAUUCAUUAAUUUAUAGCGUAAAGUAG